AUGCCAGAAGUUGAAUCAGUCCCAGAUGUUGUUGAAGUUAUGCCACAAGUUGAAGCUAUACCACAAUCAAUACCAAAUGGUGUUGAAGUUGUGGUAGAUGUUGGAGAAGUUGGAGGAGAAGACUCCCAUGCACACGUGCAAGAGGAUGUACUUGGUUCGUCAUGCGUUGGAGAUGAAACUGUUGGUCUCAAUGCAGUAGAAGAUGUGUACCAACCGGUCAUGGACAACAUCUCUCAACCUCAGGCGGACAUACCGGUUGACAGUUCAUUCUUCCCGAUUGUUGAGGACAUUAGCCAUGAAGAGUUCAUGGCCGAAUUUCAAACCCCUGUGCAAGAGACAGCUCCAGCUACUGUAGAGCCAGAUGCAGCCGAACCAACUGUAGGGGAACAACAACCGGAACAACAAAGGGAACAGCAGCGGACUGUGGAAGCGGAGACCGAACAACAGGGGUCUGGACAACAGAUUGGUGAGGACAGUGGAGGGUCCAAGAAAUGGCGAAAAUAUUCCCAUGUUGAAGACCAACGGAACUCGACGGAUGCAAACCCUCUACGCGAGCAAGAAACAACGGAUGAGCUACAAGAUAUGCAGGAUCUUGAGGAUUUUGAGGGGUUGAGGAAAAAGGGUAUAAAGUACACCCCAUUCAAGCUGACCAAUGAGCUUCCAGUUUGGAAGUCGGGUGACAUUUUUAAGAAUCGAGAAUUCUUCUACAAGGUCAUUCGCCAGUACGCGAUAAUGACCAGACGACGUGUCCAUGUACGCAAAAAUGAUGGCAAGAGACCGCGUGCCAUUUGUAGAGGCAAGGCAUAUGAAUGGUAUGUGUAUGCAAGGAAGAUCGAAACCCACAACAACACCGAUUAUGUGGUUGUGAAUAUGCAGAGAGAUCAUGCUCAAACGUGCUCGCAAGUGUUGGAUCAAAGAUGGCUCACGUCCAAGUGGCUAGCUGAGCGUUACAUGGAGAAAAUCAAAGCUAAUCCCCACAUUCCAUUGGCAGCUAUACGGCAGUGUGUAGAUGAGGAGUUCGGGCUGACAGUUGGUAGGAUGAAGGCAUACCGCGCAAGAGAAAGUGCACUAGAAGGUAUCUUUGGCAAGUCGGGCCGCCAAUACCGGAGACUGUUCGAUUACAAAUCUGAAUUGGAACGAACACAUCCUAGUUCCAGUGUGCAUAUACACUACGAAAACUUCAGGGAUCCUGAAGCUGAGGGUCUGAAAUUCCUGAGGUUUUACUGUUGCCUUGGGCCGUUAAAAAAUGGUUGGACGCGGUUUUGCCGUCCAAUUAUUUUCUUGGAUUCCUGUUUCUUGAGAGGUAUGUACCGAGGCCAACUUAUGACGGCCAUGUGGAUUGAUCCAAACAACGGUUGGUGGCCUAUUGCGUGGGCUGUGACUGAGGCAGAGAGCUACGAUCAAUGGAAAUUGUUUCUUGCCUACCUCUCAGAAGACCUUCACAUACAUGAGAAUGCACCAAGAUUCGUCUUCAUGUCUGAUCAGCAAAAGUGUCUUGCAAAAGCUAUCGUUGAGGAUUUCCCACAGAGCGAGCAUCGCUUCUGUGUUCAGCACAUCUACAACAACUUCAAGAAGAGAUUAAUUGGCGAAAAUUUCAAGGAAUUACUGUGGGAGCUUGCAUCCAGUACAACCCACGAACAGUACGUGGAGAGGAUGGAUGCGUUGCGGAUUAUAUAUCCCCAAGCGCAUCAAUACCUAUUCGGUGUUGCUCCAAAAGAAAAAUGGAUGAAGGCAUAUUUCUCGACACAUGUUUGUUGUGAUGUUAUCCUCAACAAUAUCUGCGAGACCUUUAAUUCGAAGAUAGCAAUUGCUCGCGAGUUGGCCAUCAUCACAAUGUUAGAGGAGAUCCGGACUAGUCAAAUGGAGAGGAUUCAGAUCAGAGGCCAGUGGAUCAGGACGUACGAUCACGCAUUGCCGCCCGUUAUCAAAGAGAUUGUGAAUAAGUUAUCAUGGCAGCUGACAGGGAUCCCGUGCACUCAUGCCAUCGCUACAAUUAACAAGAAUGGGAAGGAUGUAUCAGAGUAUGUAUCCCGCUAUUAUUUGCGGUCCACAAUGUCGAUUCUGUACGAGAAUGUCUUGUUCCCAAUCAAUGGGAUGGAUAAUUGGCCCAAGAAUUCUGACGUUGGAUUCAAACUGGCACCCCCCAAGGACAAAGCGACAGCGUGGACGGCCAAAGAAAUUAAGGUGUGA